AUGUCUGAAUAUGAAGCAGUUUUGGAGCAGAUAAAAGCCUUUGGUCCGUUCCAAGUACGGACUUUUAUUUUAGUUUCACUUUUUGAAGCACCUUUGGCAUGGGCAAUGCUGGUUCCUAUGUUUACGGCUGACAAGCCAAGAUUCUUCUGCACGACUCCACAAGCAAACAAUCAAUCAUCAGAGUUGACAGAUUUGAACAACACAUAUAUGCAGGAGCCUGAGGUCUGCAGUGCUAACAGCAGUACUUGUCUGGGGAUUGAAUUUGAUUCAGAGUUUACUUCCAUUGUGUCUGAGUGGCAUCUGAUCUGCAAAGACAGCUAUGUUGGAGAGCUCAUUACUUCCAUUCAGAUGGCUGGGGUAUUGAUCGGAGCACUGGUAACUGGACAGCUGGCAGACAUCUUUGGCCGCAAGAAGGUUCUCUUUGCAGAGUAUGCUCUGCUCAUUGUCUUCUGGUUCUCCACAGCAUUUGCUCAGACUUGGCAAGUUUAUGCUGCGCUCAGAUUUAUUGUGGGAGGGCUUGUAGGGGGUUGUCUUGUUGUAAAUUUUGUUCUUCCACUGGAGUUUGUUACUCCCAAAUGGCGAACAUUUUGUGGCUGCAUUGGGUUUUGGGCUGUAGGCCUCAUGCUAUUGGCACCUUGGGCAUACUUUCUACGAGAUUGGAGACUUCUCAACAUUGCCAUGGCAUCUACAAGUUUAACCUUAUUACCUUUAUGGUGGUUUGUGGAUGAAAGUCCCAGAUGGUUACUGAGUCGAGGUCGCAUACAGGAGGCUGGAGAGAUCAUAGUAAAAGCUGCUAGUUUUAAUAAAAGGCCAGUUCCAGAUUUGGUUCCUUUGCAAGAAUUUGUUAAGAGAGAACAAAUCAGACGAGAUGAACAAAAAAAGUAUUCAUACUGGCAUCUGUGUAGCUCUUUUCACCUUGCUAUGGGUACACUCAUUUGUAUGUUUGGUUGGUUCGUGUCAAGUUCUGUAUAUUAUGGUCACAAUUUCAACAGUAAAAAUCUGGCAGGAGACCGCUACUUGAAUGUUUUUAUUUCUGGCCUGGUUGAGAUCCCAGCGCUGAUCUUUGUGCUUUAUAGCAACAACACAUGGGGCCGUCGGCGAACUGUUUUUCUCUUAAUGCUGCUUUCGGGACUAGCCUGCUUUUCCAUCCUUAUUAUUGAUCUAACAGACAGGUUGAAGGAACUGUCAGCUUUGACUAUCACAAUGGCCAUGAUCGGCAAGUCUUGCAUAGCUGGUGCCUGGGCAGCUGUUCAGAUCCUUUCAGCUGAAACCUUUCCCACGGUCAUCAGAAACAUCGGUAUUGGUGCAUGCUCCAUGGCAGCAAGAAUAGGUGGGAUAGUAGCCCCACAGUUUGUGUUUAUGGGUGAGAAAUCCAAGCCGGUGCCCUUUGUCAUAUUUGGUGUGCUAGCAGUAUUGUGCAGUCUGCUGAUGUUGUUGCUGACAGAGACGGUAGGGAGACCACUGCCAGACAGACUGCACUCAGAGACAGAGAACAACUUGUCUGCCUCUCUGCAGUGUGAGAUACUGGUCACAGACACCAGCAAGACAGACAGAAUAUCUCACCCUGCAGGCAAUGGUUUCAACAGAACAGACAGUGCAGAGCUGAAAACUUUGCAACAUACCGACUCUCUGUAA